GCGAAGUUCUCGCCCUUCUUCUCCUCACCAGCUUGCAACCUACAGCGCUUCGUUUUUCGUUGCGCAAAGAAGCAACUUUCGUGCCUACAUCUUCCGUCGACCACUGCGAAGAUACAUAUUUGACGCUUCUGUCCCAGCCGGAGCGUUCUUUCGUCUACGCGACCGUCCAGCCCUCGUGAAGAACUCCUCAACCACAGCACCUCAUCAUGACUGAGGUCUCUUCCACCAGGUUAUACCUGGGCAACCUUCCUCGAAAUGCCACCAAAGCUGACGUCGAGGGCCAUUUCAACACUCAUGGCACCGGAGAGAUCACCGAGAUCAAGCUCAUGAAUGGCUUCGGGUUCAUCGAAUACAAGGAUGCUAUGGAUGCCCGCGAUGUGGUUCCCGCCUUCCACGGCUCCGACUUCAUGGGCGAACGUUUGACUGUUCAGUUUGCUCGUGGUACUCGUAAUCGCGAUGCCUUUGCCAAUACUGAGCGUACCGCUCCUCGUCCCAGACGAACCCCUCAUCGCAUGCAAAUCUCUGGACUUCCAGGUGAAACCAGCUGGCAGGACCUUAAAGACUUCGCCCGUCAAUCCAGCCUUGACGUAGUCUACUCCGAGACUGGUCGCGAUAGGGAUGGCAAGGGCUUUGUUGAGUUCGAGACUGCUGCGGAUCUUAAGACCGCAGUAGAAAAGCUUGACGGUCGUGAAUUCAAGGGAGCUCGUGUCACCUGUGUCGCUGAUACCCAACCUGAUGUCCCCCGUGACCGAGCCCGAUCCCGAUCGCCCAUGCCUCGCCGACCCUACGCCGCGGAUGAUUAUGAUCGUCGUGGCCCGUCUCGUGGAUACAGUCCUCGUCGUGAUGGUUAUCGUGAUAGAAGCCCACCCCGUCGUGGCUAUUAUGAUGAUGAUCGUGGCCGAUACCGUUCUCCUCCAAGAGCUCGUGGUCCCAUUGAUGAUUAUCCACCCCCGCGUGGCCGGUUCGAGGAUCCUUAUCGUCGUGAACCAUACCCUGAUCCUUACAUCAAUGGCAGGGCUCCUUAUGAUCGACCUCCACCAAGAGAUUACCCUCCAAGGGAUUAUCCUCCAGCGGAUUACGAUCGUGCUCGCCGUUACUGAUUGCAAGCUUAGAGCGGCUAUAAUACGUUCCGGUAUUAUCAUUCACGGUGCAUUUCUGCAUAAAAGGCCAAAAGCAUCUUCGCCGUCGGAUCCCAACGGUUGUGAUGUGGAUAAUGACUUUCCUUUCUUCAGUAAACUCCUAGCUGAAUUUCGUUCUACAAAAGUAAAACAUUCUCUUGUCAUGUACGCGGGUGGAAAGGGAUGGAGCUUGUAAAACAGGGUGGAAAGAUCACAUAGCGGUCAACUCAUCCGUUUGUACUCCGUAGGAAAGAACACUUCAUUUGCACGUCUACUUUAGUUCCAGUUCAUAAAUUGUGAUUAAGC